AUGUCAACUUAGUAUAGAAUACCAUCCAACGAUAAUUAUAUUCGAGACUUAGAAAACAUUUCACAAAGAGAGCGUCAUGGAUUAUUCAAUCAACCUCCUCCAUUGCUAUUGGGAGACUAAUAUAACGAUGCCUUAAAAAGCAAAGGCAAGGAAAAAGCCAUUUUGGUCAAUACAAAAUUAUAGAAAAAGCAUGAACCUGCGUUAUUCUAGGAGCCCGGUUACACAACAUUAAAUGAUCCAUACAAAGAUUAAUUUAAAGCUAAAUAAAUUUACGAUAAAGAAAGAGAAUUAGCAAUAAAAAAUCCAAAUUGUUUCAAGCCAAAUGAUCAGGUUAAAUCAAUUAAGCAUUCUGAAUUCGAACACAUGAAAGAAUUUAAUGAUAAAGUAUUUAAUACCAGAACUCCAACUGGAGAUGUGAGAACCUAAGCCAGAAAUUUUUUAACUAAUCCUGCCAAGAAAGGGUUAGGCAGAACCACAUCUAAUAAUUUAUUUGGAUAAAUCGAAUAUAUACCUGAUCCUUAUGAUAGAUAAGAGGAGCUAGAGAGACGAGAAAGAAUUAAACAUAGGAACAAGUUUUUACCAGGAACAACAAGGUUUAUUACAACAAGUCAUGGUAAUCGACCUUUUACUGCUGAUGGUACAUUACUUGAUGGAGCUGGAUAUUUAUCUCAAACGAAAAGACCUUUUUAUAAAGGUGCUCCAUUUAGACCAGCUAACUAAAAUAAAAAAGGAUUUUAAGGAACAUUCGAAGUGCUCUAAUAUAUGGAAGAAGGUGCAUCAGAUCCUAAGACCAAAUAAAAUACUUUUCAACAAUUGAGUGCAACAUAAACCUAUGAGAAACCUUGGAGACCUAAUUCGAACGGAACUUUUGCUCGGCCAUGUCCAAGUGUUUCGCAAUAAUUAAGAAAUAGAAGUGUUGGAUCAAAUCAAAAGGGUGAAAUAAGGAGUGCAAUAAUUGCAAUAAAUUGA